AUGGGUGACUGGAGCUUUCUGGGGAGACUAUUAGAGAACGCACAAGAACACUCUACCGUGAUUGGCAAAGUUUGGCUGACUGUUCUGUUCAUCUUCAGAAUCCUGGUGCUGGGUGCGGCUGCAGAAGAAGUCUGGGGAGAUGAACAGUCAGACUUUACGUGUAACACUCAACAGCCAGGUUGUGAAAAUGUCUGCUAUGACAAGGCCUUUCCCAUUUCCCACAUUCGCUUCUGGGUCCUGCAGAUCAUAUUCGUCUCUACACCCACCCUCAUUUAUCUGGGCCACGUGCUGCACAUCGUACGCAUGGAGGAAAAAAAGAAGGAAAAAGAGGGAGAACAGCUUAAGAAAGACAACCUGCACCAGGGAGUAGGGGAACUUGGUGGUCCCAACAGCCACAGAGAACCACUUAGCAGAAAAGAGGGUACCAGGAUGGAAAAGAAAGAAAAGCCUCCAAUCCGAGAUGAUCGAGGCAAAGUCCGGAUAGCUGGUGCUCUGCUCCGCACCUAUGUCUUUAACAUUAUCUUCAAGACUCUGUUUGAAGUGGGCUUCAUUGUGGGGCAGUAUUUCCUAUAUGGUUUUGAGUUGAAGCCACUAUACCGUUGUGACCGGUGGCCCUGCCCCAACACUGUGGACUGCUUUAUCUCCAGGCCCACAGAAAAGACCAUAUUCAUUAUUUUCAUGUUAGUGGUGGCUUGUGUGUCUCUCUUGCUCAACAUGCUGGAGAUCUAUCACCUGGGCUGGAAAAAGCUUAAACAGGGUAUGACCAACCAUUAUAGUGCCAAUUCUCCUGAAGCCAAAAUCCUACCCUCAAAAUGUAGCGGCAUAGGCCCACUUCUGCUUUCCUCCCAUUCUGCCCCACCUACUGUUGGAUUCCCACCUUACUAUACUCAGUCUGCCUCUUCCCUAGGACAGGCAACCACAACAGGUUAUCCUGGGGCUCCUCCACAACCCACAGAAUUCAGAAUGGUAACCCUUCCUGAGGAGCGCAAUAAGGCAGCCCCGGCCAAGUAUUAUGGUGGCAACCACCACCACAUCUUAAUGACUGAGCAGAACUGGGCCAACCAGGAGGCAGAGCAACAGACUUUUGAAAGGAAGUCAUCCCCACCUGACACAACCCCUGGUACUCCCACCACCCCAAGCAGUGUCCGACAGCUCCUCCAAGAGAGAGGAGACAGUGGUGGGGGAAGUAAGGUGCCCCUGCUGUUGAUUAAUGGGAGUAGUAGCAGUCUUGGGGCCACUAAAUCAGAGGCAAAUUCUAAUGGGGAGAAACAGCCAGGUACCACCACAGUUGAGAUGCACCCACCCCCACUGCUUCUCAUUGAUACAAGACGGUUAAGCAAGGCUAGUAAGUCCAGCAGUGGUAGAGCCAGAUCGGAUGACUUAGCCGUCUAA